CUUCUCCCGCCAGUAUCCUCCCCUCGCUACCUCCAAACGCUAACUUUCAACUCUCAUAUUCUUAAUUCCCUCCACAACACAACCAAGCAAAAUCAAAGAUAACGAGCUAAGAAACCAUUUUGUUUCCCUUCUACCCUCCCCAACUUUCUCAUUCUUACCAACACGUCCACUCACCAUGGAACGCCCUCUUUCGCCGCUACACAGCCUUCCGCCGGAAUCCACAGCCGGAGUUACCCUCUCCGGCCUUCUCCCCCCUGCCUCGCUAAUCGAAUCCCUCCUCCACGCCUCCGCAUAUCUCGCCACCUUGGACUCUCUUCCGUUACUCCAAACCCGUAACACUGCCGCUGCAAUCCAGCGCGCCCGUAUCAUCUCCUCCUUACUCGAAGACCUCCACGACUCCACCAGCCGUGGUCGUAGAUCUCUUCCUCUCUCUUCAAUCCUCUGCCUCACCGAGCUCAGCUCCGUCAUCCAGCGAACAAAAACCCUCCUCGACGACCUCGCCUCAGGAAGCGCGUUAUGGAGUCUGCUCAAUGCCGAGGCUUCUGCAAAACGCUUCCUUUCCUGCACUCGCGAGCUAUCGGCGGUGCUCGAUAUCCUCCCGCUUAGUCUCCUCCCCAUCUCCUCUGACAUCCGCGAACAGAUCGAACUUCUCCACCGACAGACCAAAAGCGCCGGAUCCGACCUAUUUGUUGAUAGCCGCGAAAUCCAUCUCCGUGAUGAGCUCCUCUGCAUCAUGUCUAAAGAGAAGGGCUUUCUGGAUUUCAACAAGGUGGAGGAAGUCAUGAACAGGAUUGGGUUACGAACAGCCGCAGCUUACCAGGAGGAAAUCAAAAAGCUGGAAGCGGAAAUACUUAAGCAGGCGGGUACUGGUGGUCUUAUGGCCGUUUCCAACGUAAACAAUCUCAUCGCCUUCGUCUCCUAUGCUAAAAACAUCAUAUUUCGUUCCAGCAAAGCUGACGCCUUCCCCAAAGCUCUCAGUCGAUCGUCGUCGUGGUCGGUGGCGACAUCGCCAGCGAUUGCUAGUAAUAUCCCGGACGAGUUCCGGUGCCCUAUCACGCUGGAUUUAAUGAAAGACCCGGUGGUUUUGGCCUCCGGCCAUACUUACGACCGGAGCUCAAUCUCCCAGUGGAUAAACUCCGGCCAUCAAACCUGCCCAAAGAGUGGGCAGAAGCUAAUCCAUAUGGCACUCAUCCCAAAUUACAAUCUUAAAAGCCUCUUCGAGCAAUGGUGUAAGGAGAAUAACCUCUCCUCCACACUCCGACACCGGGCUCCCGAUUCGGCGGCGGAGGAAGCCGUCACUGUCGACCACAUCUCGGCAACCCGGGCAGCCAUCGAAGCGGUGAGAAUGACGGCGGAGUUUUUAGUUGGAAAGCUAGCCAUGGGCUCGCCGGAAACGCAGAGGCAAGCGGCUUACGAACUCCGGCUGCUCGCCAAAUCCGGCAUGGAGAAUCGCCGCAUAAUAGCUGAGGCCGGCGCCAUUCCUUUCCUCGUCACACUACUCGGUUCCAGAGACCCCCGGACGCAGGAGAACGCAGUGACUGCCCUGUUGAACCUCUCUAUCUUUGAGAACAAUAAGACUCUGAUAAUGGCCGCGGGAGCCCUUGAUUCAAUCGUGAAGGUGCUACGGGAAGGCGAACUGAUGGAGGCGAGGGAGAACGCGGCGGCGACUAUAUUCAGCUUGUCUAUAUUGAACGAAUGCAAAGUAGAGAUAGGGAAGACAGUAGAAGCGGUGGCGGGUUUGGUGGAGCUGUUACAGGACGGAACGUCCGCUGGGAAGAGAGACGCGGCGACUGCGUUGUUAAAUUUGGCGGUGUACGAUCCGAACAAGACGGCGGUGGUGGAGGCGGGGGCAGUGCCAGUGCUGGUUGAGUUGUUGAUGGACGAGAAGGCUGGAAUCACAGACGACGUGCUUGCAGUUCUCGCUCUUCUCUGUGGAUGUAAAGAGGGGAUGAGAGUGAUAGGGGAUAAUAAGGCGGCGGUGGCAAUACUGGUGGAUUUGAUGAGGUUCGGUUCGGAAAAAGGGAAGGAGAACGCCAUUGCGGUUCUGAUGGGUUUGUGUAAGGAUGGGGGAGCGGAGAUGGGGAGAAGGUUGUUGAUGAAUGCGAGGAGUGUUCCUUCACUACAGAGUUUGGCAGCUAGUGGUUCGAUGAGAGCGAGGAGGAAAGCGAAUGCUCUUCUAAGAUUGCUUAAUAGAUGUUUCUCGCAGUCUAAUUCGGCUCCUAUAUGAUGAUGAUUAUUUUGUCUCAGUUGCUGCCGUGAUUCAAUCUGGCCAUAAACCCGGAGAAGGA